GGCGGUAACGAGAAGCUGGGAAUCAGGAGAGAAGCAGAGAGAUCUGACUGGCACGGUGUGGCCCUCCAGAGUGUGCAGGAGAGCUCCAGUGGCCACGUCAAAUACGUUUAUGAUUCCGUCCACCGCACCACUCGCUAUCGACUUCCCAUCCAGACUCUAGUGGGAGAGGGGUUAAUGGGAUCACAUGAUGAAGACCCAGAAUGGUACGAGACUCUUGAUUUUUUGGAGUGGCUGAGUCUUCUCAGCAAAACAGAUCUGGAGCCCCAAACAAUGUUGACUUUUAAGGGGUUUCAGGUUCUUGCGGUCAUCAUUGCAGUAUGCUGUAUUUCUGUCGAUGCUGCUCCGGUGCAAAAUGCUCCGUCUGCCAAUAGCACAGGUGAUGAAGGUAACAUUAUUAUCGACCUGAAGUUUGAAAAUAAAGCAGAUACCAUUGAAGGUAUAUACAUAUUUUACGACUACGCCGUUCUACCAGUAGCCCGUUUACGAGUAAAAAUUCGCUAUGCGAGAAAUCUACCAGACAGUCACACUGACCCAAUAGGGAAUGACCCUGAUCCAUAUGUUCGUGUGGGUGUACUAAGCCUUAGUGGAUCAACCAGGUUUCAAAAUACUAAUGUUAAGACGGGAACUAGAAAUCCCACUUGGAACACUUGGUUGAGCCUGUCACUGUCUGAAAGAUCGUUUGCCAGUCGUAUCACUGUACAGGUGUUUGACGAUGAUGUCGGUCAGGAUGAUGCUAUGUCUGAUCCCCAGUUAUUCGAUAUUACAUCAGGAUACAAUUUGGGUGUUCGACACUCUGUCACAACUUCUUAUUUAAUCUUCCAUGAAGUUUUACUAAACAAAUACGAGUGCAGACUAAGUAUCUAUGCUCGCUAUGGUAGCCAUCUGCCUGACGAAGAUCCUUGGCCAGCAGGUAAGAGUGACCCUUAUCUGAAAGUAGUGGCUUAUGAUAUCAACGGAAACAAUCGUACCAAAACCACAAGCACAGAUCAAGGAGAUGAGGACCCAGAAUGGUACGAGACUCUUGACUUUGGAAUGGGUAUGUGGACAUGGUUUGAAGUGAGUGUUUGGGACAGUGAUGUGGGAUCUGAUGACAGUCUCUCCAGCACCAACACAAGGAGUCUUCCCAGCUCUGAUACAGUGUUGAGAACUGGAGUCUCCCUUAGUGCCUACAGCAGCCAUCAACUAUAG